AUGGCUUCGUCACCGGCAUUGUUUACUGCCUCGCGCAGCCAAACGCUAACCUAUCUAUUGGCGGUGUGCCCCUUCUCCAUCGCCUUUUUAGUGUUCAUCAAUUCGUCCAUCUCCUUCGUGGUGACGGAUUUGAUUGGACUCCACGAUGGAGAGGGCGAUGCUGUGGGAACUCUGGGCUUCGCAGAUGAGCUCCUCGCUCUAGCAGCUUGCCCACUUUGGGGUGUUCUCUCAGACCGCAUUGGAGUUCGGCAUGUAUGUACUGCGGGCUAUGCCAUCGUAGCCCUUGCUCUAGUUCUCUUUGUGCAGGCCACAAAUAUCUACCCUCAGCUUCUACUGGGGAGGUUGCUUUUCAGCGUUGGUGGCUCCGCUGUCUCGACUAUGGUCACAGCGGUCUUGCCAACUGUCACUGGUAAACCUCUCAGCGCUCAGGCAUACCGUGUAUCUGUGUCCUCGGAGCUGACCAUCACACCGGAGCGUGCCCGGAAUGGUUACAAUCCGAGGGAUACCGGUAGUUCCGGUGCAUCACCGUCCGCUCGACUUUCAGGCUUUGUUGGGAUGUGUGCUGGCUGUGGCGCUCUGGUGGCACUGGCCGUUUUUCUUCCGCUCCCAGCACGAUUUGAGAAGGGAGGGUUGACACCUGCUCAGGCGAUCCAACGCAGCUAUUACCUGGUUGCUGUUAUUUCCUUGGUUAUUAGUCUUGCGUGCUUUCUCGGACUGCGCGAUCUCCCAGGCGACGAGGGCAAAGGCUGGAGUGCACUCUGGAAAUCAGAUUCAGGUUGUGAUGAAGAUGACGAGGACUCCGAUAUUCCAAGGCUGCCAUACUGGAAGCAACUAACAACCGCCCUCUUUCUGGGCUUUCAAAAUCGUGAAAUUGGCCUAGGCUAUAUCGGAGGCUUUGUAGCCCGAGCCUCUUCUGUGGGAAUCUCGCUCUUUAUCCCACUGGCUGUCAAUCACUAUUAUCGGGCAUCGGGCCUUUGUGACGAUGGACAACCCGUCCAUGGAACUGGAUUGGGUGAUAUCAAGAAAUCCUGCCCGCGCGCGUAUAUCGUUGCCUCCAUCCUAACCGGUGUAUCCCAAUUGGUUGCUUUGAUUUCGGCCCCAGCAUUCGGGUAUCUGACGGACAAAUCGCGUCGGUACAACUUCCCACUCCUCUUUGCCGCCUUUGUGGGAAUCAUUGGGUACUUGGUAUUUGCCAAGCUUCCAAGCCCUCUGUUCAAAGGACCGGAUGGUAGUUCAGGGGUAUUUGUUGUGAUGGCCUUAAUGGGGGUCAGCCAGAUUGGAGCCAUCGUUUGCAGUUUGGCAGUUCUCAGCAACGGUAUCCUGCGCGUCAGUCACGAUGACGAAACCUUGAGAAAAAUAUGUGAUCAGCAACGCGCCGCGGCGCGCCAUGACGCCGAGCCUGGUGAGGGUCAGCCUCUUCUGGGCGGAACCGUCAACCACCGACUAGAGCGUCUGUCGCACUUGAAAGGAUCCAUCGCUGGCGUGUACUCGCUGUAUGGCGGGGCUGGAAUCCUCCUGCUCACCAAAGUGGGUGGACUCUUAUUUGACGUGUUGUCAUCAGGCACACCAUUCUAUAUUAUGGCCGGCUUCAAUGGCGUGCUGCUUUCCACGGGUCUUAUCUGUGGAGGACUUAAUCACUUUGGGGCGCUUAAAAGGAGUCAAUGA